AUGUAUGCAUGCGUAUCGACUUGUACCGUGGCUCUUCGUGAAAUUCGUCGUUACCAGAAGAGUACGGAGUUGUUGAUCCGUAAAUUACCAUUCCAACGUCUCGUCCGUGAAAUCGCUCAGGACUUCAAGACCGAUCUACGAUUCCAGAGCUCUGCAGUGUUGGCCCUCCAGGAAGCUAGCGAAGCUUACCUCGUUGGUCUUUUUGAAGAUACUAACCUUUGCGCUAUCCACGCUAAACGUGUCACCAUCAUGCCCAAAGACAUCCAAUUGGCUCGUCGUAUCCGUGGAGAACGUGCCUAA